UCUCACUAACACUCACAUAAUUUCCACAAUACUCAUUACUCCUCUAAUAAUACUGUUCAAUAAGACAAUCACAUAGGGUGUGCAAUUUGCAUAGCGUAGCUGCAUAAAGAGGAAACACUGUUAUUAACUUUUUUUGCUUCCGUUUUAUAGGCCUCUCAGUUUCUUCUGCUCUGAUCAUAUUAAUGCCAUUGUUAUUAUGACUUUGAGCUUCGAGAACUGUGCUAACAUAUAUCGUGUUCUUUCUUAAAUAUUUAUAUAUAAUAUAAUACUUCCUUAGUUUUUCCAUAAACACAAGAAGGAAGGAAGAGGUCAGGUUUCUUGCUCAGCUUUUGUGUUUCCUCCAUUCCCACUAUUCUGCCAAGUUUAAGCAUAAAUUCAGGAUCUUGUUCUUUCUUUCUUGAUACAACAAUCCGUGUUCUUCCAAAACAACAGUAGUUUUCUGUAAGGGCCCAUGUUGGGAUAUUUUUCUAGAUACCCACUUCAUUGUUGAAGGAUACAAUACAAUUCCAUCAUCUGUUUCAACUUUCUCCCAUCUUUACCUGCAUCUUUUUUUAUAAUGCACAUGUAAGACAUCAACCAUAAGAUGCACUUGAAUUCAAGCCAAGCACCUCCUACUUGUGGUUGCUUUUACCAAUUUUGCUUCAUCCAUCUUGAAUUUCUCUUGUUUUGACUCAAUAACAUCAUGAAGAGAACCAGGGCUAUUAGUCAUGCCAUGUUUGUUAUUUUCAUCCUCUCUAUGAGUGCAAUAUGCUGUGGACAAGAGGACCUUGAUAUAGCUCCAAUGGAGAAAGCAGAACAGGAAGCUCUAUACUCCACCAUUCAAGGCUUUGUUGGUGAUUCCUGGAAUGGCUCAGAUCUCUAUCCGGAUCCUUGUGGUUGGACUCCGAUUCAGGGGGUUUCUUGUGAUCUAUUUAAUGGAUUUUGGUAUGUUUCUGUGUUGAACAUUGGACCCGUCCAUGACAAUUCUCUGAGUUGUGCUCAAGAUUUGGAAUUUAGGCCACAGUUAUUUGAGCUCCAGCACCUAAAAUCUCUAUCCUUCUUCAGUUGCUUUCAAUCACAAAACAGGUUUCCAGCUACCAUCCCCACUGAAAACUGGGAGAAACUGGCUGGCAGCUUAGAAUCACUGGAGUUUAGAUCAAACCCGGGUCUCAUUGGAAACAUUCCCUCAGGUUUUGGUCUCCUCAAAAACCUCCAAUCACUGGUGCUACUAGAAAAUGGUAUAACAGGUGAAAUACCCUCAAGCAUUGGCAAUCUCAUCAAGUUGAAGAAGCUUGUUCUUGCUGGAAACUAUCUUACUGGGAGGAUUCCAGAUGUUUUUGGUGGACUAAACGAGUUAUUAAUUUUUGACUUAAGUAGUAAUUCAUUAUCAGGGUCUUUGCCUUUGACACUUGGAAGCUUAACUUCAGCGUUGAAGCUUGAUGUGAGCCACAACCACCUUGAAGGAAAUCUUCCAAAUGAAUUUGCUAAUCUUAAGAAUCUGAUCCUUAUGGACCUUAGGAAUAACAGAUUCACUGGUGGGUUGACCUUGUCUUUGCAAGAGAUGUCCUCCUUAGAGGAAUUGGUUUUGUCAAACAAUCCAUUAGGUGGGGACAUCAGGGUCCUAAAGUGGCAAAACCUCAAAAAAUUGGCCAUUUUGGAACUCUCUAACAUGGGCUUGACAGGGGAAAUUCCGGAGUCUAUAUCAGAAUUAAAGAGGUUGAGAUUUUUGGGACUUAGUAACAACAAUCUCACAGGCAACCUGUCACCAAAGCUUGAAACUCUUCCUUGUCUCAAUGCACUUUACCUAAGUGGAAACGAUAUAACAGGAGAGGUUAACUUCUCUAAAGAGUUUUUGGUAAAAAUGGGAAGGCGUUUUGGGGCAUGGAACAACCCCAACCUUUGCUACCCAGUUGGAGUAAUGUCAACAAGUCAUGUUCCAUAUGGGGUAAAGCUAUGCUUGAAAGAGGCCAAUUUGUUAGAAUCUAAUUCAAAAACUGAGCUUCUCAAUGGGGGUAUGAAUCAGACUUUCCAUUUCAUAGCCUCUACGGGAUUUUCUAGCUGUGCUACUAACGGCUUCUGGUGGACUUUUAUGCAAGAAAUAUUGAUGAUGGCUUUAUUCCUAAUUCUUAUAUAGCUCUAUAGGGUAUAGACUUUAGUCAAGAAGAGUUUAACUCGGGCUUUAACCUUUUAGAUGUUACAUUACAGCUACUUGUAUGUUUUUUGUAUCUUGUUCUAACAUAAUAUGAUAAUCUUAUCAACUU